AUGCGUCGAUCUGUACUCCGCGUCGCCUCGCGCCAACUUCAAUCAGCAAACCGCCAAUAUAAUGCUUCAGUACGUGGGUUUGCAACCGCGUUCAAUUGGGAGGAUCCCCUUGCUGCGUCGGAGCUGUAUACGGAGGAGGAGUUGGCAAUCCAGGACACAGCAAGGCAGUACUGCCAGGAACGCUUGCUACCCCGGGUACUCGAUGCCUACCGUCAUGAGAACUAUGAUCGCAAGAUUCUGGAAGAAAUGGGAGAACUGGGUCUUCUCGGUUCUAACAUCGAGGGCUAUGGAUGCGCAGGGGCGAGUACUGUCGCUUCAGGCUUAAUCACCAAGGAAGUCGAACGAGUAGACUCGGGAUAUCGAUCUGGCAUGUCUGUGCAGAGCUCACUUGCGAUGACGGCAAUUAAUGAAUUCGGGACGCAAGAGCUCAAGGACAGGUUUCUACCAGGACUAGCUAAGGGCAAAAUUGCGGGUUGCUUCGGCCUUACAGAACCCAACCACGGCUCAGAUCCUGGCUCCAUGGAGACAGUGGCGCGAGAACACCCUACCAAGAAGGGUUACUAUUUGUUGUCCGGCGCAAAGACCUGGAUUACCAACUCCCCUAUUUCCGACAUCAUGAUCGUGUGGGCCAAGUUGGAGAGUACGGGCAAAAUACGCGGUUUCGUGGUGGAACGUGACCAAUGCCCCCCGGGCACCUUGGAGACCCCCGCCAUCAAGAACAAGACCGCCCUGCGGGCGUCCAUCACCGGCAUGAUCCAGAUGGAUGACUGCCCUGUUCCGGCGGAGAAUAUGUUCCCCAAGGUUGAGGGACUCGCUGGGCCCUUCACUUGCCUCAACAGUGCACGAUUGGGCAUCGCAUUUGGCACCAUGGGAGCUCUUGAAGACUGUAUAAGCCGCGCACGCACUUACGCGCUGGAGCGGAAACAAUUCAAGGGAAACCCGCUCGCGAAGUACCAGCUGAUCCAGAAGAAGCUAGCUGACGCUAUCACCGAUGCCGCGUACGGAACCCUGGCUGCGACGCAAGUCGCUCGACUGAAGGACGCAGGGAAGUCCACGCCGGAGAUGAUCUCCAUGAUCAAGAGACAGAACUGUGACCGUGCGCUAGAGAACUCCCGCAUCCUGCAGGAAGUGUUUGGUGGCAACGCGGCUAGCGACGAAUACCACAUUGCACGACAUGUUGCUAACUUGUUUGUGGUGCAGACGUACGAGGGCCAGAGUGAUAUCCACGCAUUGAUACUGGGGCGUGCUAUUACUGGAGUGCAGGCGUUUGUGUAG